AUGGCUCCUGGUAAUUUAAAUUGUUCUCUUGGAUGCCGACACAACCCCUUGAAAAACAUUGAAAACGUUUGCAGAAAUCAUAGCCACAUGGCAAUAAAGACAGUUCGCAUCCUUGACCUUAAGGUUCUUAUUCCACUCCUCCAAGACCCCAAGCUUGACCUUAGAAUUGUCCAUCUAGUACGAGAUCCACGAGCUGUGGCUUCAUCGAGGCAAUACUUCAGUCUUAUUGAUGAUGACAGGAUUGUGUAUAGGGAUGGAAUUUCAAAUCGAUUACAAUACAGAUACAAUACUCCAAAUGUUGCUGAAGUCAUGGCCAAGAUCUGCAGGUCACAGGUCUCAAUGUAUAAAGAGGGCAGAGAUUCCAAAUAUUUUCCAGGACGUUACAUGUUAGUUCGCCUUGAAGACUUGGCAUGGGAUCCCUUGUCUAAUGUCAAUAAAAUUUACUCUUUUGUUGGCUUGAGUAUGACACCAGAGAUAAGACAUUGGGUGCAUUAUAUAACACACCAUGAAAUAGCUAAUGAACCAGGGGGAUUUAUGUCAUAUUCAAGAGAGUCCAAAAAUACCACAGAAAAUUGGCGAAAGAGGUUGGAUUUCAGGAUAGUAAAGAAAAUCCAAUCAGUAUGCCAGGAGGCAAUGGACAUGUUUGGGUACUUACCUGUAGAGUCAGAGACUGAUCUUAAAUACUUGGAUAUAGUAUCAGUGCGAAAGAAAAUAAAACUAAACCACACAGACACAAAUGUAACUAGCACAGGAAAUACAAUAGUUUAUUGUAAAUAUAUUCACACCUUUUCUUCUGUUCUGUUAAUUAUCUAUAUUAAUUUCCACUUUUCCUCUUCCUUCUAA